CCAAUGUCACGUUAAUUGGCUGUCAUACACUUCACUUCUGGCGGUGGAAAAGAAACAAAAAAAAAAACCUCCCAAAAUACCAGGAAAAUGGCGCUCACCUCUCAAGGAAUAAAGAAAAAAGUUUGCUACUAUUAUGACGGUGAUGUUGGCAAUUAUUACUAUGGUCAAGGUCACCCAAUGAAGCCCCACAGAAUCCGCAUGACGCACAACCUGCUGCUCAACUACGGCCUAUACAGGAAGAUGGAGAUCUACCGCCCACACAAAGCCAGCGGUGAGGAGAUGACAAAGUACCACAGUGAUGAUUACAUCAAAUUCUUACGUUCCAUCCGACCAGACAACAUGUCAGAGUACAGCAAACAAAUGCAGAGAUUUAAUGUGGGGGAGGAUUGUCCAGUUUUUGAUGGCUUAUUUGAAUUUUGCCAGCUUUCGGCAGGAGGCUCAAUUGCGGGUGCGGUGAAAUUGAAUAAACAGCAGACCGACAUCGCCAUCAACUGGGCUGGAGGGCUUCAUCACGCUAAGAAGUCUGAGGCUUCUGGCUUUUGUUAUGUCAAUGACAUCGUGCUGGCUAUUCUAGAACUACUGAAGUACCAUCAGAGAGUCGUGUACAUUGAUAUCGACAUCCACCAUGGUGACGGCGUGGAGGAGGCCUUCUACACCACAGAUCGUGUCAUGACCGUGUCUUUCCACAAAUAUGGAGAGUACUUCCCUGGCACAGGAGACCUGAGGGACAUCGGUGCUGGGAAGGGUAAAUACUACGCUGUGAAUUACCCACUGAGGGACGGCAUUGACGACGAGUCGUAUGAAGCCAUAUUCAAACCUAUCAUGGCCAAGGUGAUGGAGAUGUACCAGCCAAGCGCCGUGGUUCUGCAGUGUGGUGCCGACUCGUUGUCAGGAGACAGACUUGGCUGUUUCAACCUCACCAUUAAGGGCCACGCUAAGUGUGUGGAGUACAUCAAGAGCUUCAACCUGCCACUGCUCAUGCUGGGGGGAGGCGGCUACACCAUCCGUAAUGUUGCUCGCUGCUGGACAUACGAGACUGCAGUCGCCCUGGAUACCUCCAUCCCCAAUGAGCUGCCGUACAACGAUUACUUUGAGUACUUUGGGCCAGAUUUCAAGUUGCACAUCAGCCCGUCCAACAUGACCAACCAGAACAACAACGACUACCUGGAGAAGAUCAAACAGCGUUUGUUUGAGAACCUGCGAAUGCUGCCCCACGCCCCCGGGGUCCAGAUGCAGGCCAUCCCAGAGGACGCUAUACAGGAGGACAGCGCAGACGAGGAUGAGGACGACCCGAAUAAACGCAUCUCCAUCCGUGCUCACGACAAAAGGAUAGCAUGUGAGGAGGAGUUCUCAGACUCAGAGGACGAGGGGGAAGGAGGUCGCAGAAACGCGGCCAGCUACAAGAAAGCCAAACGAGCCAAAACCGAAGGAGAGAAAGAAGGAGACGAGAAGGAGAAGAAAGAUGUGAAAGAAGAAGAAAAGGUGCCAGAAGAGGAGAAAAUGGACACGUCAAAGCAAAAAGAAGAGUCCAAGACACCUUGAAGACUUUGAAGACAAAGCAAUGGACAACACCCCCCCCCCCCAAAUUUUUUUUUAUAUAUAUAUAAAAUGAAACUUAAUGAAGGACUGUUAAUGAACUCCCCUCUGUCAUAGUGGAACCUUUUCUACUCGUAAACAGUUACGUUAUGUUUUUGUUUGGGGGGGGGGGGGCAAAUCUUAUUUGCGUUUCAGACUGUUCAGUGUUUAAAAUCCUGUAAGUGCAGCUUUUUCUAUCUUAUGGUUUAAUUUAUUUCAUUGGUGGAACUCUGCUGCUGUUUUGGGUCUUCUUUGGCCUCGUGCCUUUGGGUCACAUUUGAACUAAAGAAUCUUGUCUCACUGAUCUCAACUGUUUGUGUUUUAAAAGCCUGAUUUCUUAUGACAUGUAGAACUCAAUGUGGAUCUACUUUAUCUGUUUAUGUGGGUUCGAUACCGAGUGUCCAAAUCGGGUUUCAGUUUGUUUACAAAGCAGCAUUUUGUUAACGGUCCGUGUUUUUUUUUUUUUUUUUUUUUUUUUGUGGUUUUUUUUUUUUGUUUUUUUUUUUGACCCGUCAGGAGCAGUUUUCCAAAUGCUGAGGUUUUACAGAUUUGUAGUAAAAUAAAAUGUGUACAUUCAAAGUAGCCACAUAAAAA